ACCAAUAGCCAUGACGUUAAAUAAUAGCUAUUUUGUCAUGCCAUUAAAUAUGGACAGAGCUUGUAGAAUUUGCUUGAUGGAAAAUACAAACUUACAACCCAUUUUUUGUAGUAGACAAACCAUAGAUGGCAACCUAGAUUUGCCACAAAAGAUUCAACUUUGUGGGGGUGUUGAUUGCCAGGAACAGGAUGGCUUACCUACUCUUAUUUGUGGCGUCUGUAUGUAUAAAGCAAAUAUUGCCUUUGAAUUCAGACAAUUGUGCCAACACUCUGAUGCUAGACUAAGGAUGUAUUAUAAUAAACCAGCUAAAUUCAAUAGUGCCACUGAUUCUGGUACACAGACUGACUUGCAAACACAGGUUCUUUUGACAAAGUCUGAUGAAGGAUUGCAGGAAAGUUAUUAUGUAAAAGAAGAAACAAUGAAUGGUCAGCAGUUCCAUAAUUCAAUCGCAAGUGGAGAGUAUCAUUCAGAAGCGCAAACUAAUGCGGUUGUUACUUCAAUUGCAGCAAGCAUAUCCACAGUUAAUGUAAAUAAUAUUUCGGUUCCGGAACAAAAACUUUUCGAUUGCCAUCUGACUUUUGAUGAACAAUCCAAAGAUAUUUCUAAAAAUUCAGAAACGAUUCCCUGCAAUACACAGUCAGUAAAUUGUGGUCAGGAAUUAAUUCCUGUUAACGUAAAUUUAAUCAAUGGCGUUUGCGGUAUAGAUACAGGUAUUAGUGUUGUAGAUGACGUGAAAAACAAUGUUAAUUAUUAUUAUAUGGAGAAAGAUCAAACUCUUACAGAAGAUACCAACUUGCAAAAACAAGGAUUGGAUGAUAAGUCAAAGAGCAUGGAAAAUGACCAAUUUACUAGUGAAGAAAUUGAAGAUGAUUAUUUUGUUGAAGAUACGGAAAAUCAAACCCAAGAAGAGAAAAAGUAUAAGUGCAAGUCGUGUCCAAAAACUUACACCACUCAGCUUGGCUGUAGGAAACAUCAGUUGACACAUGAUAAACAGUAUAAGUGCGAAACUUGUUUCAAAACAUUUUGUAAGCUUGAAAAUUUUGAAAAACAUAAGCCUAUUCAUAAUACGAAGCCUUAUGCCUGCCAUAUGUGCAGUACCUGUUUUUCAAAACCUGAAAGUCUUGAUGCACAUAUCAAGUCGCACAUCGAAAAAGAUAACUAUUUUAAGCAAUUGAAUUCUGAUAAUCCAAUAAGUGAGUCUAAUGAAAAGAUUAAUUGCAAAAGUGAAGAUUCAGAUGAUGAAAAUGGAAAUCAAUCUAUUGAUUUGGAAAGUGCUACAAAAAACUUUAAAUGUGAAGAAUGUGGCCAAUACUGUUCGUCGUUGAAAAAUUUAAAACGUCAUACUCUCAUACACGGGGAAAAAAAAUACUCUUGUACAGUUUGUAAGAAAUGGUUUUUCCGACCCGACACGUUGAAGAAGCAUGCCGAAAAACACGGGCAUGGACUGCUCGACAAUAUGUCCGACAGCAAUAAAUUGUAUGAAUCCGAUGAUGAUGUAUUUCCGAGUGUAGAUAGCAUUAAAUCGGAUAGUGGUAACAAUUGCAAGAAAGAAGAAAGCGAGGACGAGAACAGUGGAGAGUACAAAUGCCAACAUUGCGACAAAGUAAUGACAACCAAGAAGGGCUUACGAAGGCAUGUCGCUAUGCAUAAGCCAAAGCCAGAGCCAGCAGUUUGUGAAGUCUGCAAGAAAGUUUGUGCCAGUCGAGCGCGACUGGCUCUGCAUCAAAAAAUUCACAGCAAGCCCAAGGAGAAAGUGCCAAGAGAGUAUCUCUGCCACAUUUGCAGCAAAGUAUAUCCCAGUAACUCGUCGCUCACCUACCACAUGCGAACUCAUACCGGAGUCAAGCCUCACGUCUGCAAAACCUGCAACAGUGGUUUUACCACUACCACGAGCUUGGCCAACCAUAUCCGCAUCCAUACCGGGGACAAGCCUUUUGUUUGCCAUGUAUGUAGUGCGGCAUUUGCCGUGAGCUCGGCGUUCAGGCGCCACCUGACUCGUCACACCGGUGAAGCCAAUUACCAUUGCAAGACGUGCGGCAAGGCUUUUAAACGAUUGAGUACGCUAAAAGAGCAUACGUACACGCAUUCUGGAGAGAAGCCCUACGUCUGUAAGACCUGCAAUGCGGCGUACAGCCACAGUGGCAGUCUCUUUGCUCACCAGAAGCGUUGCAGAGCCACAGAAAUGAUUGCUGAAAGUAACCAGAACUCUGAUGAUGUUCAUGUUAACAAUGUGCAAUCCGCUGUGCGGUCGCUUCCUGUGAUAAACGAGAUAUUCUGAGGGAAUCUCAAAUCAAUUUGUGUCUCGACAGAUGACGCGCUAACGAAUUUUAAUUAUUCGUUUCCUACGACUGAAAU